CGAACGCUCCGAUCGCAGCCGAAGAGCGAGGGGCGGGGCGGGGCCGCGCGGCGCGGGGGCUGCCGGGACGCUGGAGGACCGCCGGGGGCGGGCGGCCGACAUGGCGGCGGCCAGGCGAGGAGGAACUUCGUCAGUUCUCUCAUCUGUUCCUUUACAGAUUCUACUUUAUAUAAAUGGGUUUUAUUACAUCUUUUACUUCUUGGCGACUCUCGCCAUGAUUUUUUAUAAACGUCAAGUUUUCAGUUAUCCGGACAAUUUUUUGGCUCCUGAUCUCACCCUGCUUUUCAUUAUGGCCAUUCUGGAAGCACUCCGAUUAUACUUGGGUUCAAAGGGAAACCUGACAGAAGAAGAGGCUCCAUUAGGGCUCAGUCUUGUGAUAACAGUCGGGAGUGUGAUUCUGUCUGUGUACUUCCUGGUAUGGCAAACUUACGUGCUGAAAGCAGAUGUCAUUAUAAACGCCGUUCUUCUCUUCAUAUAUGGGCUUGAGUCAGUACUACAGGUCCUGGCUAUUGCUGCCUUUGUUGGCUAAAACCCAGCUGUGUGGCACAGCAGGUUUGCAACACAUUUCUUCCUUUAAAGAGUGCUUUUUACAUUUCAAAGAUUUGGUUCUUUUGCAUAUAAAAAAUCUGUAAAGCUUUCUCCUGUUUAAACUAUUUUUCUUUGGCAGAGAUCUCCCCAGAUGGUAGGUGAGAUACCGUAAGAUAAUAUUGCAGCUGCGUUACGCUAUCUCACUAAUGAGCAUAUGUAUGGGCAAACACCAGAGAUGAUUCAGCAAAAACGCCUGAUGUUCGUCAGGAAUCGAUACUAAAUGCUCAUUCCCAACACAGAACAGUAGCUAGUGCAUCAUAUAGCUACGUGUCAGUGAGAUUGCAUGAGCUUUCACAGCAUGGCAGCAACGUGCAACCCAAGUGACACAGAAGUGAAUCAGGCCAGCAUAGCCUGGACUCAUUUCUGCCUUGACACAUACGCUUCUGUGUGUCAGGGCACAGUUUUGCUUUAUUAUACAUCUUCUGCUCUCAUUUGUGUUUUCAGACCCCAGCGGUAAUUUCCCUGACUUUAGUAGGGCAGUGCCUGAUUUAUCCCAGUGGGAGGGAGAGAGUUGAAUUGAGUUUUGCUCAUACUUGAAGAGCUGAGGUUUGGGCAGCUGGUUCUUGCUGAUGUGGAGGCCAAAGGCAGUAGUGUGAGGGUUUGUUUGUUUAAAUAGGACGGACCUCAGAUGAACAUAAACAUUCACCAUUCACACACCCUUGUGUCCUAUUUGAAAGCCCAACAGAAUGUUGUCAGGUGUAUUUCUGUCUAGCAAUAAAUGUAUUUAUAUCCAUGA